AUGGACCCCAACACUCUUUCCAUGGAACAGGGGAAGGAGCUGUUAAAGCAAUGGGGGAUCCCACAACAAGAUAUCGAUUUGAUGGUGGAGAAGUGGGUAGUUGUUGCCUCUGUUGAGGCCAUGUUACGAUUUCCCUUGAAGCCUGGAGAGGAUCCCACAGCCCGCUGUGUCUCCCAAGGGAAAUGUCAGCUUACGGUGGACCAGCCCCAAGCAACUUCCCAAAGACCAGAUGACCCAAAGGACAGGAAAACCAAUGAUCAAUUAAAGAGCAAGCCCGAUCAGAAGCCCAAGGCUAUGAAUCAGAUGGCACGCCAUUCAGUAUGUCAUCAGCCUCGAAGGCCCCUGAAGGACAAUAAGCCACAGAGAAGAUCGGUGUGCCAGAGGGCUUCCCCACCAGAUGGAGAGUACAGCAAGGUGAAAUGCAAGAACUGUGGAGCCUUUGGGCACUUGGCCAAAAGCAAGAGGUGCCCCAUGAAGUCCUGGGGCAGGGCCAUUCCCUUACUGGCCUUGGGUGGCAAUCAGGAGAAGGAGAACCUGAAACCCAAGAAACCUGACGGACUUCAGCCUGCAGAAUCCUUGAGGAAGACUGAGAGACAAGAGGCAGGAACUCACAGUGAGACACCUUAUAGAUCACGCUGCGCUACCGAGGCUCCAAACAAAACACCUCAGCUGAGCACUGACGGCCCAGCCCAAGGAUCUGGGGUCAACUUUGCUGACUCCCCUCACCAUGUUCUAAAGAAAUUCACCCCAGGCCCAGCUGGCAGUGCCAAGCCAACAGCCAAAGGGCCUGAUGUUUCCUCUCGUGACACUCUUCAACCUGCCAGGAAGACACCUACCCUGGGUCACAGGUCUAAUCCACAGGCGCAGAUCAAAGUUGCGGAGGGGGAUUCAAAGUUGCCUCCACAGCCUGUCACAGAAAAUUGUGUCCAGAACUCCAAACUCAGCACCCAGGCUCCAGGCAAGAGGUCUGCCCAAGACUCCAUCCAGACCAGCCAGAACCGCCCCAAGAAGUCAAGACUCCUGGUUUCCCAACCUCUCUCCAGUACAAGUGGACCUGCACACUCUCGGGCACCCCAAGGGUCCACAAAGACGCCAGUCCUGAAGCCAAUUUCUGACCCUCAGCCUCCAUCUAACUCACGUUGCUCAAGCUCAGGCCAGAACUUCCCAAUCUUCCAACCUCGAGUGUCCAGUCGUGUUCCAGACACGACACAGAGAAUCGGCCCCAAGAAACAGGACAGUGCCAGGUCCAGAACCCCUCCCGCAUCCAAUCCAGGGAAGUCUACCACUGCUCAUCAGAACACUCAUGUCUUAAAGGAGUCUGAGAGGCAGGGUCCCCAGGUCACAAGGAGUGUCCUCUAUGAGGAUCUUCUGGUCUCUUCCUCCUCUGAUGACAGUGACUGA